CCGGUACCGGCACCGAGCCCGGCCCGCGGAACCGGGACCAUGGCGGGGCUGGAGCGGUGCCAGCGCGAGGCCGAGGAGGUGGCGGAGCUGAUGCGACAGAACGUGGCCAAGGCGCUGGAGCGGGAGGGACACCUGGAGCAGCUGCAGAGCCGGGCCCAGGACCUGCGACAGGCGAGCGAGGCCUUCACCCGCACCACGCGCACGGUGGCGCGGCGCCAGCGCAGGAGGCACCGGCGGUGGCACCUGGUGGCCCUCGGCCUCGGCCUCCUCCUCCUCCUCAUCCUGGCGCUGGCCCUGGCGCUGGCCCUGGCGCGGGCGUCCCCCGGGGCUGCCACCAGCGCUGUCCCCACGCCGCAGGGCGGCACCCAGCACCCCCCCAGCACCGCGGGCACCCUCUGAGGACAAGGAACAAACGGCAGAGAAACAGCCGGGCUCGGGGGACGCCUGCAGGGACAGCACUGUCACCCUGCAGUGACACUAACACACCGGCGGGACAGCCUCCAGGAGACCCCACAGCCAACCGACUGCAAAAUCUGCUCUGAAGAGACCCCACACCAAAAACCCAGCCAGCCCCACGCGAGGGAAACAGCGCAGCGAGCACAGCGGCUCUGUGGGGAGAGCGAGAGCCCAGACCUGGAGCGUGGACCUCGGGGAGAGCCUGCAAGGAAUGAGCACCAGGAUCUGCUCUGGGGUCACAAUAAACAAACACCAGGAUCUGCUCUGG